UCUCUCCGCGCUGCUGGGCUCGCGGCCGGCGGUCCGGCCCCUCCGCCGCAGCCGCCAUGUCCAUGAAGGGCCGUUUCCCGAUACGCCGCACCCUGCAGUACCUGGGCCAGGGGGACGUAGUGUUCAAAGACUCGGUGAAGGUCAUGACGGUGAACUACAAUACGCACGGGGAGUUGGGAGAGGGCGCCAGGAAAUUCGUGUUUUUCAACAUACCUCAGAUCCAGUAUAAGAACCCCUGGGUACAGAUCAUGAUGUUUAAGAACAUGACGCCAACACCCUUCCUGCGGUUCUAUUUAGAUUCCGGGGAGCAAGUCCUUGUGGACGUGGAGACCAAGAGCAAUAAGGAGAUCAUGGAGCACAUCAAAAAGAUUCUGGGGAAGAAUGAGGAAACCCUCGAGAGAGAGGAGCAGGAGAAAAAACAGCUUUCUCACCCAGCCCACUUUGGGCCCCGAAAGUAUUGCCUGCGGGAGUGCAUCUGUGAGGUGGAGGGGCAGGUGCCCUGCCCAGGCCUGGUGCCAUUGCCCAGGGAAAUGACAGGGAAGUACAAAGCAGCUCUGAAAGCCAGUGCCCAAGACUGAGGCCC